AUGCAUCGGCAGCUACUGUACAACCAGCAGCAGCAACAGCAGCAGCAGCAACAACAACAGCAGCAGCAGCAGCAACAGCAGCAGCAGGUGUACGAAGGAACUCAAACGGCUCCUGACGAACGUCAGGCUGCUCAGCUCUGCCAACAACAGCAGCAGCAGCAGCAGCAUUGGCAGCAGCUGCAACUGCAACAGCAGCAGCAACAACAACAGCAACAGCAGGCUGGCAUCUUGCUGCCUCAACCCCUAAACGGAGGCCAAGUUCUGCAGCAGCUGCAGCAGCAGCAACAACAACAGCAGCAGCAACACUACAGCAUAAACCGCCUGAGCAGCAUAGAGGCAGCAAGCAGAUACGGACUUUUUGGUGGAGGAGGUGCUGCAUCUGUUGCUGAGCCAACAGUAGCAGCAGCAGCAGCAGGGGCGGCAGCAGUAGCGGCAGCAGGUGCAGCAGCGGCAGCUGCAGCAGCAGCAGCAGACGGGCUAUCUCCAACGACUGCAACAACUCACUACAGCAGCACGCAGCAGCACGCAGCAGCAGAAGACUUAGAAGGUGCAUUUACUCCUCUUGCUGAGUCUGUUGGGUCCUCGCCUCCUAGCCAGCAGCAGCAGCAGCAGCAGUUGCUGCUGCAUGCAGCAACAGCAGCAGAAGCAGAGGCAGACGGCAUCCGCAAAAACCCCAAUCUUAGGACUCUAAGGAUUUGUCAGCACUUUCAGCUACUGCAGCAGCAGCAGCAGCAGCAACAGCAGCAGCAGCAACAGCAACAACAGCAGCAACAGCAACUCAGGAGGACAGUAACACAGCAUCCUCAGCUGCAGCAGCUGCAGCAACUGCAGCAACAGCUGUUACAUCGUGCUGCAGCAGAGAGGUCGCCUCUGCUGCAGCAGCAGCAGCAACUUUCUGUAGACUCAGACAGCCUGUACUCUCCUUGUGCCGUUGACGGGACACCUCGUGACCUUCAUCUGCAGCAGCAAAUACAACAGCAGCAGCUGCAGCUGCAGCAGCAGCAGCAACUACAGCAGCAGCUGCAGCAACACCAGCAACAGCAGCAACAGCAGCAGCAGCAGUUGUUCCAGCGGCUACACCACAAGCGUCACAGCAGCUGCGAGAACAUCGACGUGAAUCAGCAGCAGCAGCAACAUCAGCAACUGCAGCAGCAGCAACUGCAGCAGCAACUACAACAGCAGCAACUACAGCAGCAGCAACUACAGCAGCAGCAACUGCAGCAACAGCAACUGCAUCAGCAGCAACUACAGCAGCAGCAGCUCCAGCAGCAACAUAUACAGCAGCAACAUAUACAGCAGCAACAACUACAGCAGCAACAGGUUCAAAAGCAGCAACUCCAGCAGCAGCAGCUACAGCAGCAACAGCUCCAGCACCAGCAGGCACAGCAGCAGCAGGCACAGCAGCAGCAGCUCCUGCAGCAGCAGGCACAGCAGCAACAGGUACAGCAGCAACAGCUCCUGCAGCAGCAGCAGCAGCAGCAGCAGGCAGCGCAGCAGCAACCUGAGCCCUUGGAAGCUUAUACUUCCGACGUUUGUCCAACAGCACAUUCAACUUCUUCUAUUGUAUCCGUAUCUUCAUCAGAAGCAGCAGCAGCAGAAACAGCAACAGCAGCAGCAACAGGAGCAGCAGCAGCAGCAGCAGCAGCAGGCGCUGCAGAGCAGCAAGAGCGCAUGGGAUGCCGUCAGUCCAGUCGGCGUACUUCACGGGUUUCUUCGCCCCAAGGUGGUGUUGCUGCUGCUGGUGUUGCUGCUCCUGCAGCAGCAGCAGCUCAGCAGCAGCAGCAACAACAGCAGCAACAACAGCAACAGCAACAGCAGCAGCAGCAGCAAAAGAAGCCAACUGGUCGAUUAUGGAGAGGUUCUUCUGCUCCGAGUGGCUGUAACGCAGCCGAAGCAGCAGCAGCAGCUGCUGCUGCAGCUGCAGCUGCAGCUGCAGUUCCUGCUGCAGUCUUACCUCCUGUUCCUCCCCCUCCACCUCCCAAGCAGAAACAGCAACAACACCACCACCACCAUCACAACCAACAGCAGCAGCAGCACCAACAGCAGCACCAACAACAGCAGCAGCAUCAGCAGCAGCAGCAGCAGCAUAAGAAGCAACAGGAUCCACGUACCCUAGGUGUCCCCUUUGUGUCUGUUCAUCAACUAUUACCUUAUUCAUCUAACGGAGACACAUUUAACUCUUCUUGUUGGCAGAAUCCCCGCUGCAGCAGCUGGGGAGACACCUCAACUUUGCUGCUGCAGCAACCAUUAGGGUGUGGGGCUAUGGGGCAUGUAUUCUUAAUACAAUUAGGGGGGAAACCUGCUGCACUUAAGCUCGCGCUGCAGUCUGAUGCUGCUGCUGCUCUCUAUCUAAGACAGGGAUGGGAUAAUCUUGUUAAAUUAGAGUGUAUACAUAUGCAGCAACAAAUCAAAAAAAAAACUGCUGCUGCAGCUGCUGCUGCUGCAGCUGCUGCUGCUGCAGCGGAUGCAACAGGUGGUGGUGGGAAGACGAAUUCGGGGAAAUGUAUGGAGGGGUUAACUAAACAGCAGCAGAAACAGCAGCAACAGCAGCAACAGCAGCAGCAGCAGGGAGGAAGGGUAUUAUCUCCUGCACCAAGUAGUGCAGCAAAUGCAGCGGCAGCAUUAAGCAGCAGCAACAGCAGGAACGAGCGUUAUUUUUGCCGUCCUUUAUGUUACUUAGAGGGGGAUUGGUAUAGUUAUGUUCCUGUUGCUGCUGGUGCUGCUGCUGGUGCUGCUGCUGGUGGAGGUGGUGUUGCUGCAGUACCUGCUGCUGCAUCCCCUGGCACUCCCGCCAAUCAAAAUAACCGCAACAACGGCAGCAGCACAACAAACACGAAUACGCACCAUCAGCAGCAGCAGCAGCAGCAGCAAAAGAGGAAAGUAUGCGGAUAUGCCAUGGAGCAUAUACCUGAUGCAUGCCAACUAACAGUACUAUCAUGGCACUUUCAUAGAUCUAUAGACCCAUUGGGGUGUAUACGCAGGUCUAAUAAAUCCUUAAUAAAUAAAAGAUUAUUAUUUAUAUGCAAAGAAAUAAUUCUUGCAUUUGCUUUUGUUGCUGCAGAAGCAAAACUAUUUGCCUUUGAUUUUAAUCCUAAAAAUAUACUAGUAUCUGUACAAUUUCCUGAGCAUAACAACAGCAGCAGCAGCAGCAGCAGCAGCAGCAGUGGUAAUAGGAGUAACAGUAAUAAUAAUAAUAGUAAUAAUAUGCUGCAAGAAGAAGAAGGAGAGGAAGGGGGACAGCAGCAGCAACAGCAGCAACAAGGAGAAGAAGAUAACAAUGUUGGUCUUGUUGCUGCAGGUGUAUCAGCAGCACGAAAGAAAGCAAAUAACCCCAACCAAAGUACCAUCAACAGCAACAGCAACAGCAACAGCAGCAGCAGCAGCAGCAGCAGCAGGAAUAAGAAGCCAUUAAGUGCCCUAGAGUUAACAAAGUUAGCUUUCUUAAGUCCUUCUGUUCGCUUACGAGUAGUAGCAAUAGACUUAGAUUGUUCAUUAAGUGCUCCUUUUUCCUUAGAGCCUCCAUCAGCAGGAGGAGGAGGAGGAGGAGGAGGAGGAGGAGGAGGAGGAACAUCAGCAGCUGCAGCAGCAGCAGCAGCAGCAGCUGCAGCAGUAGUAGCACAAGCGGCGGCAGCGGCUGCUGCAGCGGCUGCAGCAGCAAGAAAUACACAAGCACAAGCACAUCCAGGUAAAGCAACAGCUGAAGCCCAGCUGCAGCAGCAACAUGCAGCAGCAGCUAAUGCAGCAGCUAAUGCAGCAGCUAAUGCAGCAGCUAAUGCAGCAGCUAAUGCACAAGCAGCAGCAGCUCGGGCACCAUGGCAAGACUCGAACGAUAAGGAAAACACCCGUCAUCUACGGAUGCAAUUAAACUGCAGCAGCAGCAACAACAACAGCAACGGCAGCAGCAGCAGCAGCAGCAGGGCCCAACAACAAGCAGUGUCACAGCAGCAGCGCCAUCUGCUGAUGCAGCUGCAGCAGCAGGGAGACCGUCGCUUUGUUGUUGGGUGCAGCAGCAAACGAAGAUCAACAGGUCGUCUGAUGGAUGUAAGCAGCAACAGCAGCAGCAGCAGCAGCAGCAGCAACAGCAGUAGUAUCAGUUUUGACGAUAUGGAUGCUGCAGCACCGCAUGCAGCAGCAACAGUUGCUGCAAAUGUUGCAGCAUCUGUAGCAGCAACAGCAGCAGCAGCAGCAAGACCUGGUGGUAUUGCUGCUCUAUCUAUAUGGGAAAGAUUAGAGCUUCUCCCUGCAUUAACACCUGCACAAUUCCUUCCUGCUGCUGAUCUAUUUGGUGCUGCUGCAGCAAAAGAGUUUGCUGUUCUUCGUUCCUUGCUGCUCCGCCUUCUUGAUCCUCUACCUGCCUAUACACCCCAAUUAGGACCACCAAGAGAUGCAUAUAAUACUCUUGCUGCUGCUGUAGAAAAAGUACUCGAAAAAAUAGAGGCUGAUGAUUAA